GGGUCAGGCGUGGUAGGGAGGCAACCCCACCUAUCAUCUCUAGAAUCGUCGGAAGGGACCGCGUCCUGAGCUACGGUAGGAAUUCCCGACUGAGUCCACGACGCACUUGGAACUUCAGGGGAGGGAAAGGAGGGAGAGGAGUGAGAGAACGGGAGGGAAAAGGGAGGUGUUAGCCAUAACCACGCCGGCAUAGCCGAGCAGAGCAUAGCUUCGCCACCAUAGCCACGCCGGCAUAGCCGAGGGUUCAAAGAGUGGAAUUGAAAACACGUUGAAGAGAGGGGAACGGGAGAAGAAGAAGAAGAAGAAGAAGAAGAAGAAGAAGAAGAGAGAAGGUGGAGCGGGAGGGUGAUUUCACCGCGGAGUGGCGCACUACGCGGGUUGGGAUGGAAAAGGCUUGUAGAAAAAACAAUGCAGGGAGGGUCUGAGGUGCAGAUGUGAGUGCUUUUGCUUCCCGGUGAGAGCGGCAUUGACACAAUUGGAGCGCCAUUAUCUCUUUUAGAGCUGCAGGGAUCUUGUGGCUGAGCUGCGAGUGGAACUGCCAUCAUGUCGUCCAAUAUGUCGUCCAACAUGUCUUCCCCCGCUGUGGUGAUGGCCCCUCCAUCAGAGUAUUAUUCUCCUCAAAAGCCAGUUGUGGCACAGUCUGUCAAGCUCCAUGAUGCAGCCCCUCCACCCCCAAGAUGGCUCAAUCUCUUAAUGAGCAUCAUUUUUGUGUUUCAAGCGGUGGUGUUCUUUGCACUGUCUAUUAGCGUGCAGAGAUCGGACAUUGAAGGCCGAGCAAGAAUCUUCAAACAAAAGUUAGCUGCACCGAUUGUUUUUGCAGCUAUAUUUGGGAUUGCCACAAUCCAGUUGAUGAGGAAGCGUCCGCAGCAUAUGGUCCGCUUCGGCCCUCCUCUUGCCGUUGUCAUGCUUCUUCCCGUUGCGAUUCUCUUCUGCAUUGGUGUGGGUGGCUGGAUUUUCCUUGGUGUUUGUACACUGCUUUUCACUGCGUUGGUCGCAUGGCGUACCCUCUCGACACGGAAAAGCUUUUCAUACAUCGACAUGGUAAUUCAUAAGUCGAUGAAAGUUGUUCGUGUGUACAUUGGGCACACAGUCAUCUGCAUGAUAGGCAUCAUCCUGUCGGCCGGACUUCUUUUCUGCUUUGUGGAUGGCAUCAACUAUGCGUUUUCUAGGGAAUUUGAUCUUCUGGGAGUCCUGCUGCUUGUGAGCAUGUAUUGGACGAUCAAUGUCAUCCGCUUUCUUGUCGGAGGCAUCGUUUUUGGCACUGCCUCCUUGUACUAUUACAAAGGCGCGGUGAACAUGCCCACUGAUCCAUCUGCAAAGAUCUUUGCUCGAGUUACGUCGACAGUGUUUGGACAUAUGUGCAUUGGAGCAUUUCUUGUCCCAAUCCUCGAAAUCCUGCAUUUUGUGGUAAGCUUUGCUAAUCUGUUUUUCUCCUCCUCCUCCUCCUCCUCCUCCUCCUCCUCCCCUUCCUCCCCCUCCUCCUCCCCUUCCUCAUCCUCCUCCUCCCUGCUGCUGCUGCUGUUUUAGUUGGAAAACUUAUGAAUGGAAUACGGCUUGAGAAUUCCUUACACGACAUAAUUAUACAGCGAAAUGGAAGCCCGGAAAAAAAAUAAAAUAAUAAAGAUAAA